CCAGGAGUUGUUGUCAGGCCCAGGCCACUUCCGAGGCGCCCGCCGUGUGUCGCCGCCACUACAGGAGGACGACGUCGACGCUGAGAAGGAGGAGGAGGCGGCGGAGGCGUGUUGUUGUCUCGCCCACUCCCCUCCCCUGAACUCGCACCCAACGUCAGGGCGCGAUGAAGUGAAGCGGCGACGAAGGUGGUACUUCCGCGUUGCGCUGCCGGAGCCGAGAGCGCAGCCGAGGCCGCUCCCCCACCCCUGGGGGGCACUUGGAGGACUCCGGACUCCCCCGCAGGUCAGCGCCCGGCGCAUCUGGUGUUUUUGCGGCUGAAGCUAGGACGACGAGAGCGAUCGGGGGCUCCACCGCCGGGAUUCCUGCUGCCCUCGGGCCCGGAGGCCGCUACGUACCCCACUGUGACCUGGAACCCAGGGACCCAAGUCCCGAUCCGGAUUAUCGUGGCGCUUCUCCCGGACGGCCCUGGUGCUCGGUGUCCCUCCGCCGCUGCUGCCGCCGUUCCCGUUUCCGGCGGGGGAGAUGGCCAGGAUCUGACCCGGGAGGAGGCCGCACCCGCGCCGCGCUCUGCGGCGGGCUCUAGGCGAUGCCGAGCAGCUCGGACACGGCGCUGGGGGGAGGCGGGGGCUUGAGCUGGGCGGAGAAGAAGUUGGAGGAACGCCGCAAACGGAGGCGAUUCCUGUCCCCUCAGCAGCCGCCGCUGCUGUUGCCGCUCCUGCAGCCGCAGCUCCUGCAACCGCCGCCGCCCCCGCCGCCUCUGCUCUUCCUGGCUGCUCCCGGCACGGCCGCCGCCGCAGCCGCCGCCGCCGCGGCCUCCUCCUCUUGCUUCAGCCCGGGCCCCCCUCUGGAGGUCAAGCGGCUGGCGAGAGGCAAGAGGCGCGCAGGAGGGCGGCAGAAGCGGCGCCGCGGGCCCCGCGCCGGGCAGGAGGCGGAGAAGCGUCGGGUCUUCUCGCUGCCCCAGCCGCAGCAGGACGGCGGUGGCGGUGCUAGUAGCGGCGGGGGUGUGACCCCGCUGGUGGAGUACGAAGAUGUAAGCUCCCAGUCCGAGCAGGGGCUGCUGCUGGGGGGGGCCAGCGCGGCAACGGCGGCGACGGCUGCCGGGGGAACGGGGGGCAGCGGCGGGAGUCCGGCCUCCUCCUCCGGCACCCAGCGUCGCGGGGAGGGGUCGGAGCGCAGGCCCCGCCGGGACCGCCGCAGCAGCAGCGGCCGCAGCAAGGAUCGCCACCGCGAGCACCGGCGGCGGGACGGGCAGCGCGGCGGCGGCGAGGCCUCCAAGUCCCGCAGCCGCCACGGCCACGGCGGCGAGGAGCGGGCCGAGGCCGGCAAGAGCGGUAGCAGCAGCAGCAGCGGCGGCCGGCGGAAAAGCGCCUCGGCCACGUCCAGCAGCAGCAGCAGCCGCAAGGACCGAGACCCGAAGGCCCAUCGGAGCCGGACUAAAUCGUCCAAAGAACCGCCUUCGGCCUAUAAGGAGCCGCCCAAGGCCUACCGGGAGGACAAGACCGAGCCCAAGGCCUACAGGCGGCGGCAGCGGUCCCUGAGCCCGCUGGGAGGCCGGGACGACAGCCCGGUGUCUCACCGGGCCUCGCAGGGCCUGCGGAACCGCAAGUCUCCCAGUCCGGCGGGAGGUGGCAGCAGCCCCUACUCGCGGCGGCUGGCCCGCUCCCCGAGCCCCUACAGCCGCCGCCGCUCCCCCAGCUACAGCCGCCACAGCUCCUACGAGCGCGGCGGCGACGUGUCCCCCAGCCCCUACAGCAGCAGCAGCUGGCGCCGCUCCCGGAGCCCCUACAGCCCGGUGAUCAGACGGUCUGCCAAAUCGCGAAGCAGAAGCCCAUAUUCAUCUAGGCAUUCAAGAUCUCGUAGCAGGCAUAGAUUGUCUAGAUCCAGAAGUCGUCAUUCUAGCAUUUCUCCUAGCACACUAACUCUGAAGAGUAGCCUGGCAGCUGAAUUGAACAAGAAUAAAAAAGCACGAGCUGCAGAGGCAGCACGAGCUGCAGAGGCAGCUAAGGCUGCAGAAGCAGCUAAGGCUGCUGAGGCUGCUGCCAAAGCUGCCAAAGCUGCCAACGCUUCUACACCUACCAAGGGGAACACAGAAACUGGUGCCAGUGCAUCACAAACCAACCAUGUGAAGGACGUGAAGAAGCUUAAAACUGAGCACACACCUUCUCCCUCAGGCGGUGGGAUGUUAAAAACUGACAAGGCAAAAGCAAAGCCACCUCUUCAGGUAACAAAAGUGGAUAAUAAUUUGAUUGUAGAUAAAGCCACCAAGAAAGCAGUUGUAGUUGGAAAGGAGAGUAAAUCUGCUGCUACAAAGGAGGAACCAGUAUCUCUUAAAGAGAAAACGAAACCACUUACACCAAGCAUAGGAGCCAAGGAGAAGGAGCAACAUGUGGCUUUAGUGACCUCUACCUUACCACCCUUGCCUCUGCCUCCCAUGCUGCCUGAAGAUAAAGAUGCCGAUAGCUUGCGAGGAAAUAUUUCAGUAAAAGCGGUUAAAAAAGAAGUAGAAAAGAAACUGCGAUGUCUACUUGCUGAUUUACCACUGCCCCCUGAGCUACCAGGAGGAGAUGAUCUCUCAAAGAGUCCAGAGGAAAAGAAAACAGCAACACAGUUACAUAAUAAAAGGAGGCCUAAAAUAUGUGGGCCUCGCUAUGGUGAAAUCAAAGAGAAAGAUAUUGACUGGGGAAAACGCUGCGUGGAUAAAUUUGAUAUCAUCGGAAUUAUUGGAGAAGGUACCUAUGGACAAGUUUACAAGGCCAGGGAUAAAGACACUGGAGAAAUGGUAGCCUUAAAAAAAGUGCGCCUGGAUAAUGAAAAGGAAGGGUUUCCUAUUACAGCAAUUCGAGAAAUUAAAAUUCUCCGGCAGCUUACCCACCAGAGUAUUAUCAAUAUGAAGGAAAUAGUGACUGAUAAAGAAGAUGCUUUGGACUUUAAGAAGGAUAAAGGUGCAUUUUAUCUGGUGUUUGAAUAUAUGGACCAUGAUCUGAUGGGACUGUUGGAAUCAGGCUUGGUUCAUUUUAAUGAAAAUCACAUAAAGUCAUUUAUGAGACAGCUCAUGGAAGGUCUGGAUUAUUGUCAUAAGAAGAACUUUUUGCAUCGAGAUAUUAAAUGUUCAAAUAUUCUUCUAAACAAUAGAGGACAGAUUAAGCUUGCAGAUUUUGGACUUGCCCGAUUGUAUAGCUCAGAAGAAAGUCGGCCAUAUACAAACAAAGUCAUCACUUUAUGGUACCGUCCACCUGAACUGCUGCUGGGAGAAGAAAGGUAUACACCAGCUAUCGAUGUGUGGAGCUGCGGAUGUAUCCUUGGUGAACUCUUCACUAAAAAACCUAUAUUUCAAGCAAAUCAGGAGCUUGCACAACUAGAAUUAAUAAGCCGUAUAUGUGGGAGUCCAUGUCCUGCAGUGUGGCCUGAUGUAAUCAAACUACCAUAUUUCAACACCAUGAAACCAAAGAAGCAAUAUCGUCGAAAGUUAAGAGAAGAAUUUGUUUUUAUUCCUGCAGCCGCACUAGACUUAUUUGAUUACAUGCUCGCCUUGGAUCCUAGUAAGCGCUGCACUGCAGAGCAGGCUCUUCAGUGUGAGUUCCUACGGGAUGUGGAACCCUCAAAAAUGCCUCCACCAGACCUUCCAUUAUGGCAAGACUGUCAUGAGUUAUGGAGUAAAAAGCGAAGACGACAGAAGCAGAUGGGCAUGACUGAUGAUGUUUCCACAAUUAAAGCCCCCAGAAAGGACUUGUCUCUGGGCCUGGAUGACAGCAGAACUAGCACUCCUCAGAGUGUGCUGCCGUCUUCACAGCUGAAAUCUCAGGGCAACUCGAAUGCAGCACCUGUAAAAACAGGCCCUGGACAGCAGUUAAACCACAGUGAAUUGGCAAUUCUGCUAAACCUACUACAGUCUAAAACAAGUGUUAAUAUGGCUGAUUUUGUCCAAGUGUUGAACAUUAAGGUAAACUCUGAGACUCAGCAGCAGCUAAAUAAAAUAAACCUUCCUGCUGGAAUUUUGGCAACAGGUGAAAAACAGACAGAUCCAUCACCACCACAACAGGAGUCUUCGAAACCACUGGGAGGAAUUCAGCCUUCUUCUCAGAACAUGCAGCCUAAAGUGGAGCCUGAUGCGGCCCAGGCGGCUGUGCAGAGCGCAUUUGCGGUUCUGUUGACUCAGUUAAUAAAGGCUCAGCAGUCAAAGCAGAAAGACGUGCUGCUGGAAGAGAGGGAAAAUGGAUCGGGACACGAAGCACCAUUACAGCUCCGGCCACCUCCAGAGCCUAGCACGCCGGCGUCGGGGCAAGAUGACCUGAUCCAGCACCAAGAUAUGAGGCUAUUGGAGCUCACACCAGAACCAGACCGGCCUCGUAUUCUGCCUCCCGAUCAGCGACCUCCUGAACCUCCCGAACCACCGCCAGUCACUGAAGAAGAUCUAGAUUACCGGACAGAAAACCAGCAUGUACCCACCACUAGUUCUUCGUUAACUGACCCUCAUGCCGGAGUAAAAGCAGCCCUGUUACAGCUCCUUGCUCAGCAUCAGCCCCAGGAUGACCCCAAAAGAGAAAGUGGUAUUGAUUACCAAGCAGGAGAUACUUAUGUACCUUCUUCAGACUACAAGGACAAUUUUGGAUCCUCUUCUUUCUCUUCUGCUCCUUAUGUUAGCAAUGACGGUCUUGGAAGCGCCUCUGCUCCACCCUUGGAACGACGUAGCUUCAUGGGAAACUCAGAUAUUCAGUCCUUGGAUAACUACAGUACUACUUCAUCUCAUUCUGGUGGUCCACCUCAGCCUUCUGCCUUUUCCGAGUCAUUUCCCAGUUCGGUAGCUGGAUACGGAGACAUGUACCUCAAUACAGGUCCCAUGUUGUUUAGUGGAGACAAGGACCAUAGAUUUGAAUAUAGCCAUGGCCCCAUCGCCGUGCUGGCAAACAGCAGUGACCCUUCCACAGGGCCAGAGAGUACUCAUCCUUUGCCAGCAAAGAUGCACAACUAUAACUAUGGUGGUAACUUACAGGAAAACCCAGGCGGCCAUGGCCUCAUGCAUGGACAGACCUGGACUUCUCCUGCCCAAGGACCUGGGUAUUCACAAGGAUACAGGGGACACAUUAGCACAUCAGCUGGCAGAGGUCGAGGCAGAGGGUUACCAUACUGAGUAUCUGUUUUUCCUCAGGCACAUCAUUUUUAUCUGGAAAGACUUUUCUAGCUGCAAUUUAAAGCAGCAAUCCAAGAGACUUGAAUAAUAUUAAUUCAACAACAGCUUUAUUUUUAUGUGGAAAAGGGUCUUGCAUACAAUAGUUAAAAAAAAAAAGACAAAAAAAAACACCUUUGCUUAAAUUCAUGCUGUUCUAAAACCUAGAUCUAUUGAUUGUACAUCUUCACAAAUUCUAGUUAAUGAUUUUAUUUUGUAUUCUUGCAGUUUUAAGUGGAUGCUAAUCUUAGGGACAUAAAAGUCUUUUAUGGCCCUCUUGCAGAUCUUCUGAACUAUGCACAUUUGUGCUUUUUUGUAAGUUUGGACCAACUUUUAUGUAACAACCACCCAGCCCCUCCCCCCUCCAGUUUUACAACAAUCAGAAAGGGCACUGAUUUAUUUGGUAUUUUUCUUUUUACAAAGCUACCUUUAGUCAAAGGUCACUGUCAGUCUUUGCACCUGCUUUCAGUGUUAUUGUGAAAGGUGUACUUUGUGCUCAUUUCAGAAAAUAAAACACAACCUUUCUCUUGAUGCAACAGUU